AUGGGAAGAGAGAGAAAAGGAAAAGCAAGGGCAAUAGAAGAGAGAGGCGUAAUUGACUUUGAGCACUGCCAAGCGCCCGCUGCAGGAGGUUGCCGCGGCGCCGGGAGCAGGAGCGCGGCAGAGGCGCGCGCGGAGCCGCCCCCCGCCUUGGCCCGCGCGCUGCCGGCUCUCCGCGCGCACCGCCGGGCCCGUCCCGCCUUCUCCCAACGGCCGCGCCUCGCACCUGUGCGCGCCCCGCAGCCGCGCCUCGCCCGCCGCUCCUCCGGAGCAAAGGUGGCCCCGCAGCAGCGCCCGAGCACCGGCCCCUCCGCGCAGGGCGCGUGUACGAGCACGCGCCAGCUUGAGCGCUCGCCUCCGCGUGUCCUCUGCCUACUGCCGAAAGCAUCUCCCUGUCCUCCUCCUGACGAACACUCACUAGAGUCGUCAAAGAAUAAGGUUUUAAGAAAUGCUGUACAUGUUGACGAAGCUGACGUGGAAAAGUGUGUUAGAGAUAUAAUGAAAGAAAAGAAAAUUGAGCAGAGGAAUACAGGGUUUAAGACAAAGCUGCAUAUAUGCUUGUUGCAGAUAUCAGGAUAUAAGAAACUUUAUUUGAGUGUGGAAAGUCUGAGAAAGGUCCCUUAUGAUUCAGAUAACAAAGAGCACGAGGAACAGUUAAUUGAGCUCUGGAAUUUGCUCAUGCCUCAUGAGAGCCUGAAGGCCAGAAUCAGCAAGCAGUGGUGUGACAUUGGCUUCCAAGGUGAUGAUCCCAAAACAGACUUCAGAGGAAUGGGCAUGCUAGGAUUAAUGAAUCUGGUGUAUUUUAGUAAACAUUACACUGAAGAAGCUCGUCAGAUCCUUUCUCGUUCAAACCACCCAAAGCUGGGAUACUCUUAUGCAAUAGUGGGAAUCAACCUGACAGAAAUGGCAUACAGCUUGCUUAAGAGUGGUGCUCUAAAGCCUCAUCUGUACAACGCUGUCUCCGGGUUGCCACAACUGGAGCACUUCCAUCAGUUCUACUGUUAUCUAGUUUAUGAGUUUGACAAGUUCUGGUUUGAAGAAGAACCAGAAAGCAUUAUGCACUUCAACCAGUACAGAGAGAAAUUCCAUGAAAAAAUUAAGGGACUCCUUCUGGAUUAUGAUGUCAUACUGACCUUAAGAAGUCCAGCAAAACCAUAACCUGCUCUGUAGUCUGUCAGAUUCUGCAUUAAAAAUGGAAUUAUGCAUUUGGAUGGAAGUUUUGCAUAUUUGGCCAAAAACUGUCUAACAAUGGAACUUGUUUAACAUAAAAAAAUCAAAAUUUCGAUUACGGACGCUUGGACAAUCAACCUCUGUUUACAGCUCUUUAUAUGCUAUUCUCCAAAGGACUAUCUUUGUUCAUUUUUUAAGCAUAACUCAAAAGUCUAAAGAUCCU